UGGAGUCUUUUUACUCCACGUCCAGGCGGCGGUCGGGGCUCAGUUUCUCCAAUUCUUGCUUUUCUUUUCGUUUUUGGUUUUUUUCUUAAGGGGUGUUUUUUCUUUUCCCUUUCCUCUCCUUUUCGCCCUCCCCUGCCGCCUCCCCCCUCCCUCCCGCAGUCGAAGCAGCCGCGGGCGGUACGGUGGAGCGGGUGGGAGUGCGGCCGGCUGCGGGCACGGCGCUGGGACCCGCCCGCGCCGCCGGGAGCAGCGCUCCCGCUUUCCACUGUUUCGCCUUAUUUCGUCCCCCACGCACGAUUCCCUGGAAAUUUGUUAUCAUUGCUUUUCUCCCCAUACAGCGUUUUCUUCACUUUUUUCCCUCUCUUCGUGCUGCGGCCAGCACCGGGAAGGAGCUACCCCUGCCCGCCGUCCGCUUGGCCGCGGCCCCGGCUCCUCUCGCCGCCGCUCCCGGACCUGUCGCCCAGACCGGCCCCGCUACCUGCCCGGCCGCGGGAGGAGCCACUUCCCUUUCCCCAGAAGGAUGGAGGUCCUGCAGCUCCUGCGCCUGCUCCUCACCACUGCCAUGCUGGGCCUGUCCCAGACAGUGAAUCCCUUUGUGGCCCAGCAGACCCCCCCAGACCCUUGCUAUGAUGAGAGUGGUGCUCCUCGACGCUGCAUCCCUGAAUUUGUCAACGCUGCCUUUGGGAAGGAGGUUCAAGCUUCCAGCACGUGUGGGAAGCCGCCGACACGGCACUGCAACGCCUCGGACCCCCGCCGAGCCCACCCACCCGCCUACCUGACCGACCUCAACACCGCCUCCAACAUGACCUGUUGGCGCUCGGAAACCCUCCACCACUCACCCCAGAACGUCACCCUCACUCUCUCCCUUGGCAAGAAGUUUGAGGUGGUCUACGUCAGCCUUCAGUUCUGCUCGCCCCGGCCCGAGUCCACCGCCAUCCUCAAGUCCAUGGACUACGGCAAGACCUGGGUGCCCUACCAGUACUACUCCUCCCAGUGCCGUAAGAUCUACGGCAAGCCCAGCAAAGCCACGGUCACCAAGCAGAACGAGCAGGAGGCCCUGUGCACCGAUGGCCUCACCGACCUCUACCCGCUCACCGGGGGGCUCAUCGCCUUCAGCACCCUCGACGGGCGACCCUCGGCCCAGGACUUUGACAGCAGCCCCGUGCUCCAGGACUGGGUGACAGCCACGGACAUCCGCGUGGUCUUCAGCCGCCCGCAUCUCUUCCGUGACCUGGGCAGCUGGGAUGCCGCUGAGGAGGAGGGGGCCACGGGCUCCACCCCCUACUACUAUGCGGUGGGGGAGCUGCAGGUUGGCGGGCGCUGCAAGUGCAACGGGCACGCGGCACGCUGCGUUAAGGACAAGGAGCAGAAGCUGGUGUGUGACUGCAAGCACAACACAGAGGGGCCUGAGUGCGACCGCUGCAAGCCUUUCCACUACGACCGGCCCUGGCAGCGCGCCAGUGCCCGUGAGGCAAACGAGUGUCUGGCCUGCAACUGCAACCUGCACGCGCGGCGCUGCCGCUUCAACAUGGAGCUGUUCAAGCUGUCGGGGCGCAAGAGCGGCGGCGUGUGCCUCAACUGCCGGCACAACACGGCGGGCAGGCACUGCCACUACUGCAAGGAGGGCUUCUACCGCGACCUCAGCAAGGCCAUCACUGACCGCAAAGCCUGCAAGGCUUGUGACUGCCACCCAGUUGGUGCAGCCGGCAAGACCUGCAACCAGACCACGGGGCAGUGCCCAUGCAAGGACGGCGUGACCGGCCUCACCUGCAACCGCUGUGCCAAGGGCUACCAGCAGAGCCGCUCGCCAGUGGCCCCCUGCAUCAAGAUUCCUGCCAUCAACCCCACCUCCCUGGUCACUAGCACAGAGGCACCUGCAGACUGUGACUCCUACUGCAAACCAGCCAAGGGCAACUACAAGAUUAACAUGAAGAAAUACUGCAAGAAGGACUAUGUGGUCCAGGUAAACAUCCUUGAGAUGGAGACGGUGGCCAACUGGGCCAAGUUCACCAUCAACAUCCUCUCUGUCUACAAAUGCCGUGACGAGCGGGUCAAGCGCGGUGAUAACUUUUUGUGGAUCCACCUGAAAGACCUGUCCUGCAAGUGCCCCAAGAUCCAGAUCAGCAAGAAGUACUUGGUGAUGGGGAUCAGCGAAAACUCCACUGACCGGCCUGGACUGAUGGCCGACAAGAACAGCCUGGUCAUCCAGUGGCGGGAUGCCUGGACACGCCGCCUUCGGAAACUGCAGCGGCGGGAGAAGAAGGGCAAGUGUGUGAAGCCCUGAGCGGUUUGCACCCACCCUGUCUCCCAUGCCCAGCCCCAGCCCAGCUGGGCACUGCCAGACUGCGCCCACAGACUCUGUACAUAUAUAUAGUGUGACUGGACUCUUUGUCUAUAGUGUAUAUUUUGGCAAUGGUUUCCUGUUGUGUGCGUGUGCACGGGUGGGUGUGCGUGUCAGUCCUUUUCUCUAAGUGUGUAUUAAAUAUAAUGCAGUAAUGACAAACCUUUAAUGAGGAGCAAAGUGGAGCGAGGUCCUGUGGGUGCCUGUCACCAGAAGUGCUUGAAGGGGAUUGAUGUCCUGCUCCAGGCAUUCUGGAGUUCAUUUUCAAGGCUUUUGUAUUCCUUUUAACACAGUUGUCUUCUGCCCAGUGCUGACAUCUCAGUUGAUACCUCUCCCUUCUCUAGCAUCCAGGGUAUGAUUCUUCCUCACUCUGAAAAUGUGCUGCUGCCAGACCUCUCUCUGCCUUUCUCCUCAUCCAGGAGAUACAGGAGGUCAGAGUCUUCUCUCCCUCAUUCUGAUAUGUGGGCAGGUGAAGUGGAAACUGUCCAGUGAUGCAGAGUGUCCAGCCCAGAACCUCCACCAGAAAGGACAAAUGAACUUUUACAAGGCCUUAUUCCCCGGUGACCAUGGGCUCACACGGACAAGUGCUGCGAGCUGGGGCAGGACCUGUGCGGUGCUGCAGUGCCAUAGGGAGAAGCCAGGCCCUGACAGUGUGCUGGUGGCCACUACCAGGCAGGACUGUGUCCACUGGGAAGAAGGGGACAAGGGACAGACCUGGCAACCCCUGGUUGCCACUGUCCUGGUGCCUAGUCCAGACAACCCAGUGAAAAUGACCUGGACACACCAUUUUCCCCUCCCAUGUCCAUCUGCUCAUCUGAACCUGAGCUGGAGUAGCCAGGCUGACCGGAGCCAUCAUGUAUAAUCAUCCAUCCACCCAGGUCUAUGUGCCUGUAUUCUCACCUGCUACCAACUGACAUAAUUCCACCUGUUUCUGUUGAGAUGACACCAGGUGACAUCUGCCUUGGUGUGCAUCUUCAGACCUGGCCAGACUGUGCUCUCCUGGGAAGAAUUGCUGUGGCCAACGUUGUCCAAGGAGAUGCACAAGGCAGAGGUGACAGGAAGAGAGAAAAGUUUUCAUUGAUCCACCUCUAGGCUUUUAUAUCUUCUUCACCAUGUAUUAGUCUCUGGUUAAACAGACACCAGUAUCUUCCCAUGUUGAGAUUGUAGUGGUCUUGGCUUAAUAAAUACAAAUAGUAAUAAUAGGUAUUCUGACAAUAGAUACUCAUUUCCACAGAAACCUUGCCUUGCUUAUUGAAUGGCUCAGUGAGGGGUUGUAGCCUCAUGGUCUUCCAUUAAACUUUACCUUUUCCAGCCCACAGCAACUUGUGUGGACUCCCCAUUCCAGGGUGGUUCCUCUAGGCUUCAGCAUCCCAGGGUGGUGCUGGAGCUUCCAGCUGAAGAGACUAGUGGGGCACUGUUGGGUUUCAGGACAAGGGAAUUUGGGGAGUGAGGAUCUAGGCCCUGGGGAUGUCUGUGUGGACAUGCAGGUACAUUGGUGGAGCUGCUGGAGAUGCUGGAAGUGACAUUUCAGAGCUGUGGAGGGCCUGCAGUGCCAUUGUUCAGGUCCCAUGGGUAUCUGGGUGCCUACAAAGGGCAUGGGCCGAGGUGCGGGGAGGCUGGAAGCUGAGGGGUAAUGGGUAUGUGGGACCACUUGAGCUUGGAUGAGCUAAUAUUAUCCCCUCUCCCUACACAGACUGUCUUCCCUCCUCUCUCUUAGCUGAGAGGACCCUCCCAUCCCUGGCUCCUCUUGUUUGGAUUGUCACAGACUAUUGGCCUCUGCCAUGAGAUGCCUCUUGAUGUAGUUGGGCCACCCAGUUCUCCUCUUCCUUGCACAGCUGCUUUCACCAAACUUGCCCUUGGCUCAGGCUCACUCCAACCCCAUGCACCCAACAGUCACAGAAUUGUUUGGGUUGGAAAGGACCGCAGAGAUCACCUUCCUCCAAGUCCCGCCAUGGGCAGGGACACCUUCCACUAGACCAGAUCGUUCCAAGCCUCAUCCAGCUUGGCUUUGGAUACUUCCAGGGAUGGGACAACCACAGCUUCUCUGGACAAAUGCAGGAGUCCUAACACAGAAGUCAGUGGUGGAACACCCUUUGGGAGUGCAAGGACAGGACUUUGAUCAGGAUCAUCCUCCGACAUCACUCCAUAGGGUGUGGGGGUUCUCUGACCCCCCACCUCUUCUCAGCAGCCACAGCCCAGCAGGAGCAGGGCAGCACCUCUGUUCCAUGGGCAUGGAUACUUCUCAGGGCAGGGCUUCAGCAGCACAUGGUUUCUCCAAGCAAGGAGAGGCACAAUGUGUCUGUGUUCCUCAGAAACACUGGGCGCAGCCUUCUCAGGGGACGCCAGGGCAGGGAACUCCAGGGUUUCCUUUGGGACCUGAUUUCUCCUCCACUGAAGUGGGGUACCUAAAACUCUUUGAGGAUUUUGCUGGUUGGAGUUCUCCAUUUAUCCUCCUAGCAGUUCUUCCCUCUUCUUUCACCUCUGCCAUCUGUUGAGGAAGGAUGGCUCCCAUCUGGCAUCUCAGUGUCCUGCUGGGUCAGAUCAGAGAUGCCAGAGCAGAACCACCACCCCAUGGUCUGUGCUGAGGAGAGGAGCUCUCUCCCUCUCUCUCUCUCUCUCCCUUUGGCUGAGGAAUGUCCUAAAAUCCUGGUUGAAGGACUGGUGGAAGACACUCUGCACUGAGUCUAGACUGAGGAAGACACUCUUCACUGAUUCUGAUCCCUGAAGGAGUUUUCCUGACUUCUCUUUCUUAUGUCACCUCCAUAUCCAAAGCAAGAAUUCACCUUUCUUAUUCCUCUCCCUCUGCCUGGCACAGGAACGGGGGCCUGCACAUCGGUUUGGCUGUACCUGGGACUCUGUAGCUGGAUCACCUUCAGCUGGUGCCAGGACACCAAGGGCAGUGGAGAGGCACCAUGGAUUUGCUCAGAGGUGCUGCUCAUCCUGCCCUAUAGAGCAGGCUGGGCUUGGAACACACACCAGCAUAGGCAUCCUUUGGUGGAGAGCUGCAAAUCCAGGGGCAGUUCCACAUCCACCAGCACCCACCCAACCCUGUCCACCCCUUUGGUGGUGUGGAGUGCUUUACACCACUGGGAGCAGCCAGAGUCCAUGGGUAACACAGGGCAGGGGGCUCAGGUGGCAGCAGGAUAUGUCACACAGACCUGGUGGCUGCAGCCAACAGCUAUGGGCUUUGCAAGGGCAAGAGAGAGAGACUGCAGUGCAAGCUCUGCUUGGCACUACAAAGUCAUAUAUUUCCCAAAAUAGCUCUUCAAGGGAAAAAGUAUUAAUUCAGCAAAGCCUUUGGUGCGCCCUGGUGCACUCCCAGUUCCUCGAGCGCAGAUCCCCCUCCCCUUGCAGCAGCUGGCCGAGCUCAGUGUGCCAAGAAGCCCCGUGCUGGGACCGGCUGCUGCAGGCGGCGGAUGCUGGCCCAUGUGGGAAGGGCCAAAACCACCACGCACAUUUCCAUCCAUGUUUUUUUAUUUAACAGGUCUUUUCCCAGUAUUCAGCUAGGGCAAAAUAUUUGAGACACAAAGGCAGCGGAAAGAGAGGCCAAGUUUGCAAUUUCCCCCCUGCUUUGGGACUGAAUUUUGCAGCUGGUUGAAAUUUUUCUCAUUUCAAAACACCAGUAGACAUCUUUCAUUAAAACCCGGAAUUUGGCCAAGGAAGGACACAAAAUGUGAGAAUACUACAGAAAACUCAAUGGUCUUUUUCUGUAUUGUCUAGCCAGCUCCACUCACGAGAGAUCACAGGAGUUUGAACAGCUGAACCCCAGCCUGACAAAUGGAUGUUUGUGUAGAGUAUUUUCCGUCACUUUGCUCUUGGUAACUGAAGUCCACAUAAAUAAAAUUAACUGCAUCAGACAGGAAAACAACGUUCCUUAGGUGAAAUGGGAUCCAGCAAAGCGCAUUUUACUUGGCCAACAGGGCACAGCUCAGUGCUGGGGUGUGGGAAUAUUCUUCCUGGUGAGGAGCUGAGCCUCCAAGAAGUGACAAGACCUACACAGCAUGACCUCUGUCAUAGUCUGACCUGGUCUUGCUCUCCUUGUUCUCCUGAUGCUCUCUGGUACACAGAGCAACUUCUGUCCAUGCUACCAUGCAGAUCCAGGUGGAUCUUAGUAGUGGCUUCAGCUGUCAGAGAGCAGCGAUGGUGGCUCUGCCAGCCCAUAUUCUUCAGGCUUUAAUUGUUAAUAACAUGGACAAGUCAUACUUUGCCACCUGUGGACAUGGUAGUAGGCAGCUGUGGCCUGCUGCCACUCCUCAGGUGUGAUGACAUGUCCAACCAACCACAUCUUGUCCAGCCAACCAGUGCCACAUCUUUUGUCCCAUGCCCUUGGUACUGCAACACUCUGUCCAUCACUCCUUACCCAAGCAUGAUGUUUUACUUGGCACUUUCCAACCCUCACAAGUCUCAUUAACAUCCUAAAUUUUGCUUCCUAGGCAAAGCACAACCUCUGCAAUUCCCAGCCCUCCUCCUGUCAUCCCAAUCUCAAUGAAGGCUCUUUCACUCACUAAGGCUCCUUGCAGAGGGGCUGUAGGAACCAGGGCAGGGCACACUUUUCCCACUCAUGACUCAAACAAGUGUUUGGGGAAUUUAGUUGCUCCAAGCCCUCUUGUCCUUGCAAAGCUGUGAGAAAUGUGAUGUUCUUCAAUAUGCCUACUGUAUUUUUACCAGCCUUGGGGGCACUUGUUACAUCAGCAUUAAUUACCUGUCAUUCAUUCA